CAUAGUGAAAUCAUCCAGUGGCUGGUGGACAAUUUCUGCAUUUGUGAAGGGUAUAGUGUGCCUCAUUGCUUCAUGUAUGAGAUCUACAUGGACACCUGUGAGCAAAAUGUCCAGAACCAAGUCAACCUAGCCACAUUUGGGAAGGGAAGGUAUCAUUAUGAUGGAAUCAAGAAAAGUUCUUUCUUUUAUGCCCAAUAUUGCUACCUUCUGAAUAAAAAAGGCAUUCACAGUGGAGAUAUCAUUGCCUGAAAAUCUACUAAUUAUGACAGCAUAUCCAACAAAGUCAGUAAGAUUGCGUUUGAAUUCAGAAGAUGUUUAUUCUGGGAGCAAGAACUGGCAAAGAAGUACUCCCAUAAAAUGAUGUCUUUUCUUGCUGAUGAAUACUGCAACUCUUGCCAAGACAUUUUACAGAACAUGAGGAACCAAGAAUUUGAAAGGGUGGAGGACUUGCUUACUUCCUUCUGGAAAUCUCUGCAGCAAGAUACUGUCAUGCUUAUGUCAUUGCCUGAGGUGUGCCAGCUCUUUAAAUGCUAUAAUGUGCAGAUGUACAAGGGACAUCGAAGAUGUCUUCCUACAACAGAUGAUUUUCUGGAAGAUGUUUCUAUUCAGUACCUGAAAUCUGUCUGGUUAUUUAGUGAGAAACUUAAGCUAUUGCUACUUAAUGCUUUGGGUGGUUUUCCAGCCCUCUUACAGAUCUCCAAACUCAAAGAAGUUACUGUGUUUGUCAAAAGACUAAGAAGAAAGAUUUCCAACAUGGCAAAGACUAUGAGAAUGGUAUUGAGAAAUAACAGAGUCAGCCUUCUGAAGUCAAAUCUGAAAGGUAUCAUGAAUGUUUCUACAGAAGCCCUGCCAAGGAACCUGAACAGCACAGGUGACCCAGAGAGCUGGGAAAUGAAAUGUUUAAGCAGUUUAAUUUCUUUUCUAGGGACAUCGACAGACCUCAAUGUAUUCCUCAAUUGUCUGUCUUCAAAUCUCCAAACAGUCAUCUUCUAGCCAAGCAGAAGCAAAGAGGAGUUCCUCAAGUUGGCUGCCAGCUUCCAGCUAAUAUGGAAUUUCCUUCCCACCACCAUGAGCAAAGACAUGACUGCAAUAGACACACAGUUUUGUCACCUUGCUGGGGUUCUCUGGAUAUGGAAUGUCAGCCACAUGGGUGAUGGACUCUGCCUAGAACCCCUCAGAAUCAGCUAUAGGAGUGAGGGUCUAGUACACAGGUCCUGGCAUCUGCUUCAUUUACUGCUUUUGGAAUAUGUGAUUCAUAUACUGCAGUCACACAUAGAAGAGGAGGAGGAUAAAGAAAAUGUGGGAAAUAUCAUGGAGAUGCUACCAGAUGACAGUCUGCUGUCCAGCCCAGACCAGUCACCUUGCCACCCUCCAGAGCCUUCAUCAUCUCAGGAGUGUGAAAGCCCAAGUGUGGACCCAGCCUGGGUGAUGCUGAAACCCCUGAGCCAGAACCAGUGUCCUGUGGUUGUGGGAAGCUUGGUCUUCAGGGUCCUGGGUCCCCUGGUGGACACUGCCACAGGCAAUAAGCUCAUCCAGGUAUUGUUAGAAUACAAGAAUACCAAAAGCACUAUCAACUUCUGCCUCUCAGUGGGACAAGAAGCCCUCAUGACACUAAAAGAUAGACAAAAAUUUUUUGACUUAAAUACCAGAUAUACCCAAAUUUCUGAAAAUAUUCAUUUCAUAGAAAGCAGUGCUAAUAAUUAA